AUGCCGCCGCUCCCCAUCGGGCCCACGGCCCUGCCGCGACUCAUCACAUACUACCAGACCCUCCACGAUGGCGACGACAAGCCCAUCUCUAUCCUGCCCCUCAUCACGCAGCCCGACAUUGCGGUGACGCACGUCAUCGUCGCCGCCAUCCACAUCAACGAGGACCCGGGCAGCCUCACGCUCAACGACCACAGCCCCGACCACGCGCGGCACCAGACCGCCUGGGCCGAGCUGCGCGUGCUCCAGGCCGCCGGAAUCCGUGUCAUGGCCCUCCUCGGCGGCGCCGCCCAGGGCACCUACCAGCGCCUCGACGGCAGCCCGGACGACGGCCCUGCCGAGCUCGCCCGCUUCGAGCGGUACUACGCGCCGCUGCGCGAUCUCGUCCGCGCGCGCGGCCUCGACGGCCUGGACCUCGACGUCGAGGAGGAGAUGACCCUCGCGGGCAUCGUGCGCCUCAUCGACCGGCUGCGCGCCGAUUUCGGCCCCGCGUUCCUCAUCACGCUCGCGCCCGUCGCCGCGAGUCUGCUCGACCCCACAGCCAACCUCUCCGGCUUCGACUACGAGGCGCUCGAGGUGCUGCGCGGCCGCGACAUCGCCUGGUACAACACCCAGUUCUACUGCGGCUGGGGCGACUUCUCCUCGACCCUCAUGUACGACAUGAUGCUGCGCAAAGGGUGGGCGCCGCACAAGCUCGUCGUCGGCCUCGUCACGAACCCGGCUAACGGCCGCGGCUGGGUCGAGUGGGACAGCCUGCAGCAGACGCUCGGCAUGCUGCGCCAGCGCCCCCACGACUUUGGCGGCGUCAUGGGCUGGGAGUACUACAACAGCCUGCCGGGUGACAGGGAGCGACCCUGGGAGUGGGCGCGCACCAUGACGGCCAUGAUUCGCGCGCACUGCCUGGCGCCGGCGCCGGCGGUGGACAUCUCGCAGCGGCCAGAUCCCAAGCAGCCCGAUAUUGCUCAUGCAGACCCGGAUGCGCCGGGUGGAAAGGAGCCGGAGGUGCCUGCACCGUUUGAGUACUACACGGACGAUGCGGAAGAAUAA